AUGGUUGCUAUAACAGCUAAGCUGACCAAAAGCGACAUUUUCGUUGACAGGUCCCAAUUAGACUCUCACAUCGACAUACUGCUACAUUCAGGGUCACUUGAGGUAGACAUGAUCGGUGAUUGUCCAUCAUUAGAUGAAUUCCGUAAGGCCUGCCUAUUGGCCGUUUACGAGUUCCACCAGUUCCCGGGUCAUCAAUCCUGGCUCAGAAUAGAUAGGCUCACACGUAUGGCCUAUCGCGUUGGACUAGAUCGUCUGGAGAAUAUGCGAACCCUCUAUAGCGACUGGGAGGCUAUUGGGGAGCAGGAUAUGCAAGAAUGGCGGGCUGUCUGGUGGUGCAUCUAUCACCUCGAUUCAUACUCUAAUCUCGCAACGGGCACACCGUUCCUCAUCGAGGAUGAUAACAUUAGCACAUCCUUGAUUCAGUGCCACCCAAACAACACACCCCCGGAUCUAUAUUUACCUCCACGCUCGGGAUCUUUAUGGGAGAUUCUUCCCUCCAUUACCUCCAACUCUCAAACCAGUCUCAGAAACAUCAACAUAAUUGCGGUUGCUGCCACGCGCCAGGUUGGGCUCGCGGCACGAAUGCACCUCUUGCGGCGAAAGGAAGAAACCGCCACACGCCUUGCACACAUCGAACGACAUCUGUCGGCACUCCGACUGGCCCUCCCUUCUAGCUGGCUAAAUCCUCGACGCAAUGCGUUUUCAGACGAGUCUCCCGCCGACCAUCAUGCGAGGCUGAUCACGGUUCUUCAUAUGAUAAUGGCUCAACUACUAGUCUCGAUCCUCAGCUGCAGUUGCAGCUGCAGCGAGAAGCAGGAUGAAGAAUGGCUUGUGAACUGGAAAAGGGUGCUUGAGAAUUGUCAAGAUAUUGCGACUACAGCCUCGGAGUGGAACAGCUCGUUAUGUUCCACAGUUGAUCCUGCCAUUUCCUUGACCAUCUUCACGGCACUGGUCUUCCUGGACCUUCACCAAAAAUCUUCUUAUAUUUCUACAGCUAGCCUGAGAUCUACCAUCCAGCACAAGGAUAUCUUGCGCUUACAGCUUGAGCAUUUUGCGAGUAUAUGGACACUCCCUCGACUUCUCACUUUAUCAUUCAAGGGCUUCAGCGAGUCGGUUUCUGGGCCGCUUUCAAACAAGCAGAUAGCCUCGAUAAUGUCGCGCUUCGAAGCCCCCUUGCACCCUCGAUGGCUCCAGUUCAUCUCCUCUACCCAGUCAGUUUCAGGCACUGGCGGAUACUAG